AUGAUAAUGAGCAAUAAAACUUCCAUCACCCAGUUCCUCCUCCUGGGCCUCCCCAUUUCCCCAGAAUACCAAAAUCUGUUCUAUGCCCUAUUCCUGGCCAUGUACCUCACCACUGUCCUAGGAAACAUCCUCAUCCUCAUCCUCAUUUUACUGGAAUCCCAUCUCCACAUGCCCAUGUACUUCUUUCUCAGCAACUUGUCUUUCUCUGACAUCUGCUUCUCCUCUGUCACAAUGCCCAAAUUGCUGCAGAACAUGCUGAGCAAGGACCCAUCCAUCCCCUAUGCAAGUUGUCUGACACAAAUGUACUUUUUAAUGUUUUUUGGAGACCUGGAGAGUUUUCUUCUUGUAGUCAUGGCCUAUGACCGCUAUGUAGCCAUCUGUUUCCCGCUUCAUUACACCAGCAUCAUGAGCCCAAGGCUCUGCCUGUGUCAGGUGGUGCUGUCCUGGGUGCUAACCACAUUGCAUGCCAUGCUGCACACCCUGCUCAUGGCUAGAUUGUCAUUCUGUGAGGACAAUGUGAUCCCUCAGUUUUUCUGUGACAUAUCUGCUCUGCUCAAGUUGGCCUGCUCUGAUGUUUAUAUUAAUGAACUAAUGAUAUUGUUCGAGGGAGGGCUCAAUAUUGUCAUACCAUUCUUACUAAUCAUUGUGUCCUAUGUGAAAAUUGUCUGCUCCAUCCAAAAGAUUUCAUCUACUCGAGUUAUCCACAAGAUCUUCUCUACCUGUGGCUCCCACAUAUCUGUGGUCUCAUUGUUCUAUGGGACAAUUAUUGGUCUCUACCUAUGUCCAUCAACUAAUAACUCCACUGCAAAAGAGACUGCAAUGGCCAUGAUGUACACAGUGGUGACUCCCAUGCUGAACCCAUUCAUUUAUAGCCUGAGGAACAGAGACAUGAAAGAGGCCCUGCUAAGAGUCCUUUACAAAAAAAUAUUCUUAUAA